AUGCCUCCCCACGUGCCGCGAAAGCGGCUGCGCGAGUCGCCGGUGCCUGAGCAGAGCAAGAACAGCGCAAAGGGGAAACCGCCCGGCUCGAGUCGGCGGAAGGCCACGUUAUACGACGACCUCGAUGCCACCGCGACCCCCUUGUCCUCAAGGCAAUCCGGCUCAAUUGUGCCAGGCUUUGACGAGGACGAUAGCGACAGCUCUUUAACGUCAUUAUCAGACCAAGAGUUUGAAGAUAUUCCGGCGGCGAAGCGCCCGAGACUCGAGGAAUCCGACGAUGAAGACGACAUCGAGUUCGAAGACGUGGAGGCGCCGGCCGUGUCGUCGACGGCUGUGCCGGCAGUUUCCGGUGACCUGGAACUGACGCUCAACAAAGACACUCGCAUCUCGCUCACGAACCCUUUUGGCGAAAAGAAGGGGCCCACGAAGCGCGAGCGAAAAGUCCGCAAUGCGACACACUGCGUCCACGUCAUGUCCCUGCUCUGGCACAACGCCGUGCGAAACUCCUGGCUCUGCGAUACCGAACUUCAAGCCAUCAUGGUGUCGCACGUCUCUCCCAGACUUUGGGACGAGGUCGAGCGAUGGAGGCGCAACUCUGGUCUCGUCAAAGCCCCUCCUCCAGCAAAGGCCAAGCCGCCGGUCAAAGAACGAUCAAAGGGCAAGGGAAAACGAAAGGGCCCGGCGGACCGCGAGUCUCGGGACUGGGGCUCGGACGCGACGAAGCUAGAGGAGGGCGCCGUGGACAUGAGCCACGGCGACCCGCUCUUUCGGCUGAUGCAGACGCUGGUGUCCUGGUGGAAGCAGCGUUUCCGGGUCACCGCGCCUGGCUUGCGGAAAUGGGGCUACAUGGAACUGGAGCGACUGGAUCGCCUCACCAAAGGAUACAAAGCGGACCCCGAAGACACGGCGAGGUACGGGGAGAGGAUACUCAAUCUAGAGUCAUUACGCCAGUGCGCGCUCGAUUGCCAAGGCAGUCGCGACGUCGGAGCACAGCUAUUCACCGCCCUCUUACGCGGACUGGGAAUUGAAGCGCGCAUGGUUGCUAAUUUGCAGUGCCUCGGCUUCGGGUGGAACAAGCUGGAAGAUGCUGACCCAGAGAAAGAAGACAAACUAGCCGAGGAAGUGUCCACAGCCAAGAAGACACCAAAGAAGCCAAAGGUGAACGGCUCCAAUGCCUCCAAAAAGGGGCAACAAGCGACUGCCGGCAAGUCGCGAAAGACGCGAUCCUCUGACAAAAUCAAGUCGGAAGACUCCGACGACAACCUCAAGCUGGAAUACAUGGACACCGACGACGAGUCCGUUGUGGAGGUUGAAAUAACGCCCAAGAACGUACGCCCAUCAAAGAAGUUUGACAACGACCUGGAGUUCUCCCACUACUGGACUGAGGUGCUGUCUCCGGUCACCACCAAGUAUCUGCCGGUCGAUCCCGUCAAAGGCACUAUUGCAACAAACCGCGACCUGGUUGAGUCAUUCGAACCGCGAGGGGCCAAAGCGGAUAGGGCCCGGCAAAUUAUGGCUUACAUCGUCGGAUUCUCCCCUGACGGCACGGCCAAGGACGUUACGGUGCGAUACCUAAAACGGCAGAUGAUGCCUGGUCGGACCAAGGGUGUGCGUAUGUCCCCUGAAAAGGUUCCAAUCUAUAACCGCCAUGGCAAGGUUAAGCGGUACGAGAUGUAUGACUGGUUUAAGACCGCUAUGUCAGGGUAUAGACGAGGGGACAGGAAACGACCUCUCACUGAAAUCGAUGACCAAGAGGACACGACGGACCUGAAGCCCUCCAAGCCCGAAAAGAAAGAAGUCAAGGAAGGCCAGGAAACCUUGCAGUAUUACAAGCAGUCCAAGGAAUUUGUGCUGGAGAGACAUCUCAAGCGAGAAGAGGCUCUCAAGCCUGGCGCAGUGCCUGCCAAGAAGUUCAUGAACAAGAUCAAAGGCGGAAAAGUCGAGGAUUUGGACGUAUUUCUCCGCGCAGACGUUGUCAACGUCAAGAGCGCCGAAACAUGGCACAAGCAGGGCCGAGCCCCGCUGCCUGGUGAGCAGCCACUGAAGAGGGUUCCCUAUCGGGCCGCCACCUUGAACCGGAAGCGGGUGAUUCUGGAGGCGGAGGCAGCCACCGGUGAAAAGGUCCUGCAGGGGCUGUACAGCUUUGAGCAGACCGACUGGAUCAUCCCGCCUCCGAUCAAGGAUGGCAUCAUCCCGAAGAACGAAUAUGGUAACAUUGAUUUAUUUGCCGAACACAUGUGCCCCAAAGGUGCGGUCCACGUGCCGUUCCGGGGUGCGAUUCGUGUCUGCAAGCGGCUGCAGAUCGACUACGCCGAGGCUGUCGUCGACUUCGAGUUUGGGCAUCGCAUGGCAGUGCCUGUGAUACAGGGCGUCGUCAUCGCCGAAGAGUACCACGACCAGGUCAUGGCUGAGCUGGAAAAGGACGAAGCCGAGCGGCGCAGAAAGGAAGACGAAAAGCGACGCACCGCAUCGCUGAAACAGUGGCGCAAGUUUAUAAUGGGCCUGCGAAUCGUACAACGCAUUCGCCAGGAGUACGGCGACAUCGACGACAGUGUGUCGGUUUUUGCGCACAAGGGCGGCGUUCCGCAGCAUGAGCCAUUGGCGGACCAUCAUGAUGAAGAGAUGGCGGGCGGUUUCUUACCUGAAGGAUACGAAGAGGAAGGCGAGGAAGAGGGUGCUCAUCAAACGUCGAGUUUCUUCCCGGUUGGUGAUGAAGAUGGAGAGGAACCAGUGGAUGAUGGACUCAUCAUGGAGGACCACCGGCACGAGGUCAGGCAUUCAUCGACACAGGACAAAGAAGUGGAGGAAGAGCAAGACACGUCCGAGAAGAAGAAGCCUCCGCGAAGACAGCCUGCAAGAGGCCGACCGAGGGCGAGAAAGAGGGUUGUGUCCGAGGACGAAGACGAAGACGAGGGUGAUGAAUGGGUCAACCCCGAUGAUGAUGAUGACAAAUAA